AUGAAUCUUUCGGGUGGAGGUGACUCGGUCCACGAGCGAUUGCUGCUGCACUGGGUCAACUCACUGCCACUUACCAAGUGCUUGUUAGUUGAGGGACUGCGUGAUUUGCGCUUCGGUGACGUGCUGUACGAAAUUGUACAGUGGCUGCAGCACAACUCAGCUGAUGCAGGCGAUGGAAUAUCAGAAGGUGAUGGCUUUGACAAUGACGGGGUCGUGGAACGGCUACAUCGCGUCGUUCAGUUCGCUGCUAGCGAAUGUCGAAGUCAGGAUGAGGACGCCAUGUACAUCGUCAACGAUUCGAAUUGUAUAGCUCGAGUGAUUUCGGGUGAGAGUGACGCCAUUUGCGCAGUACUAACCGUGUUGAAGCGGCUGAGCCGCCAGCGUAUACAGCAGCAUCAGUUGUCGGAGAGUAAGAAAAACGAACUUCGCCGUCGUGAACAAGAGAAGAUGAUUGAGUUAUCAUUGCAGCGAAGAAACUCACGUGAUGAACUAUCCAAAGAGGAUGAGGAACCGAAACAAAAGUCCAAACGCGUACAGACGUCUUCAUCUCGAUCACAAACGCGUGCAAAAACUACAAACCGUUCCGAACAUGACCAGAAAGCAAGUACUCCUGAGCAAAGAUCAAUAAAAUCGAAGCAGGGCAAAAAGAAGCAGAUUGCUGAAGCUGAAAGAAGCCUUGGAAAGGUUCCCACCACAACAACAAGUGCACCGACUGCUAUCGGCAAGAAAAAAACGCCGCUCAAGGCCAAUGUGAUGAAUGAAGGCAACGGACUUCACGUACAGAUCGAUCCAGUAGCAGAAUAUCAUUCUGGCGGUCACUUUAGUGAAGAUGCGCGUGCAGUUCGGUUUUGCAACUGGGCUCGGCUGGUCUUACAGGUUGAGAUGCCUCUGAAGAAGGUUUUUGACAAGCAGUCUGGGAGAUUGAAUUCCCCGUGCAAAAUUCGACAAGUAUUCGCGAAUGGUGUCCUUCUUCGUCGUAUAGCUGCUGCUAUUGUUCAGCGCUGUAACGGCCUACUUAAUCAUAAUAUCCCCGGCAUCGAUGAGUUGAGAAACGAAGAUUUUGCACGCGUGCAAACUCCUGCAGGGAUACGACGCAACUUUUCUUUAGCUCUCACUACGUUCAAAACCCUCGGGAUCUCACAAGCAGCUUUGAAUGCGUUUGAAAUCGUGCAGUCUCGAGAAAAACAAGAUUUACACAAAAGAAUUUGGUGUCAUUUAGAUGAAAUCUUGAAUAAGGUGGAGCAACGUGAGCAUGCUGGUACCGCCUCAAAAUCUAAAACUGCGAUGGAUAUAGUCCCUAAAACUCUCCUUGUUAAUGGAAAUCAAGAGGAAACGAAGGUUACCAAACGAAGCCCGAAGCGUAUUCGCUCACCUCGAACCAGAAGGAAGAAAGCCGUCGGUAUGGGAAGUGAUCACACUGGGUGUGCACCAUUGAAGCGGAGCUUGCCUUACAUCACAAACGAGCAAAUGCACGUAGUGGAUGAGUGGCUGGUUAAUACAGGGUUCGAUUCCAAAAAGGUGAUUUCGAUAGUGGUUAACAGUGCCAACGAAUGGCUGCCUCAUAGAGUUUUCGUGCAGGUUUCCGGUCGUGGAGUGCUACAGGAUCCAAUUCGCAACGGAGUUUUACUCUGUGCGCUGCUAGUCCAAGACUUGAAAAGUGCACCGUUCUCUUAUUUCAAGACCCCCCGGACUUUAGCCGAGAUGAGAGAAAACAUCUCAAAAGCCUUUGAAAGGUUGGGCGAGCAUGUCCCGCCCUGCUACUUAACGUCAUCUGCAGAACAAUCUGUACUCAUCGGAGACCGACAAAUUGCGUAUGGGAUUUUGUGGUAUCUCCGGCAAGCUAGUCAAGAAACUUUUACGAUGGAAAAGGCUAAAGAGGGUACUCAAUCCUCCUCGAUAAGUAUUCAUGAAACGAGAAAAGCGGAAGAAGUCAACUUUGGUGGGAAACGAUCAGCGCGCGUGCAGCCUUCUCCACUAGUUCUCGACAUCCCAGCCAUUGCUCUAGCUGCUCAAGGGAAACUAGUGAUAAAAGAUGGCGCAGUAACAUCUCACCAAGUCAAACUUCACGACAGCUUUGCACGUCGUCUUGCAUGGAGCGAACAUGAUCUACCGGUAACCGAGGACGUUGACGAUGAUGUUUUUCCAGUUCCUAAAGCACCAUUCUCCAGUCCAGUUUACAAUGAUGACGUCGAUAUAGUUCCAGCGAAGAUCCAUGAUAAGCAUCACGUUGGAGAUGAUCUCUUUCCUACUCACCCACAGAGAAGAGAAUCCGUUGAAAGCUUGAGUGACUCUAUUCAAAGUUCGAUCCCCAAGACAAGAGAAGUGUCUGGACAUUCUGUUCAACCAUCACAAACAGCUGCAGUAGUAACCCCGAUAGCUGCUUGUACCGACUCAAUAGAGCUAGUGGAGCAAAACAAGAAUGGCGCUGUAGAAGCUCCUUCUCCAGUCAAACCACCAGUUCAAACACAACUGAGCAUCAAUUUAUCCCCAGGACACGUUGAGGAAAUCCUCACGUGGUUGAAGCGUUUGGGAAUCCGCCUCAAAAGCAUUUCGGCUUUUCACGACUCCAAUGCUAAAUUGAUGGAAUUCCAGUCAGGUGUGUUGCUCUGUAGUAUCGUCGAGAAGGUGGAGUUCAUGCGCAGUAUCCCAGGUAUCACACGUCCAACCAGUAACCAACCGUUAAGCAAAGCCAGCGCACUGCACAACAUCACCAAGGCGUUGAACAUCCUCCGGCAGAAGAAGACUAUGCCGCUGCAUCUGCUACGUCGUGCUAGUGCCAUCUAUGUCGGCAACCGCGACGUUAUUCUGCACCUUCUCCUGCAGAUCCGUAAAGCGUAUGGCCACCACCUCCGUACUCCCCGUCGACCUAAACAGAACCUCUCCUCAGCAGCGUAA